AUGGAACGGGUUCGACCAGGACUGACCAAGAAACUAGCCCAUCGGUGGCACGGACCGUUCCGCGAGAAGAAGAAGGUCGACGAGUUUGCGUAUGAGUUGGAAUUACCCGACCGAAGUGGAUACCGGUUCUACCUGGUGGUGCAUGUUUCACGACUCAAGUCAGUGGACGAAUUCGAAGGCCGACCGAGGACACUCGUCUUGACUUCGGACGCGGCGGCAGGGUCGCGCAAGCUCAGCAACCUGGCGUCACUGUUUCUCGAACCGGGAUUCGUGUCACCCGGCGGUCAAGAGUGUGGGAGUUUGAUCCAGAACGCUAGCAAGGGCGAUCUCGGGCUGGCCCUGUGGGAGCGUCGUCAUUGGAUUCGGGCGAAGGCCGUCAAAGCAUCCAUUAACAACCUCGCUCCAACACUCGGUCACCGCAACCCGUUGGUUGUGAAGUUUCGCAAUAAGUGGGCCAAGGAGGCUGUAGCUUCGUCGGUCGUGAUAGAGCCGUCGUUGCGGACGUCGAUGGUCGUUGCCCCGUGGGUCGCCGAGUUUGCUGCGGCUCAUGAAGCUCGCUCUCCUAGCCCCGACGAGGAGACCAAGGAGUCGGAUGAAGGGGCAUCCACUACGGAGUCGAACCUUGGCGUGCUGGCUCAGGCUGCGUCGGAGAUCUAA